CUCUGUAACCUUUCCGUUUCCAUUUGCACUGACAAAAAGGAGAGAAUUUCUCUUUCCUUUUUAUUUUUUUAUACAAAUAAAUAAAUAAGGAUACACACAUAUAUAUAAAAAAUCAAAUUGUAUAAACAGCAAUCCAAAAAAGGGUGCAUAACAGUUUUGUUUUCUGAAAGAUUAUUCUCUCUGUUUCUGUCUAAAGAAUUCAUGGCGGAAAAAGGCCGUCCACUACCUAAGUUCGGCGAGUGGGAUGUCAAUGACCCAUCUUCAGCUGAGGGAUUCACAGUGAUCUUUAAUAAAGCUCGAAAUGAGAAGAAGACAGGUGGCAAGGUAGACUCACCACCCAAGGGUGACUCUGCAUACAAAAAUAAAGCAACGCUUGGAAAACCUCAAUCAAAAAAAUGGUUCUGCUGUAUGCAAUCUACUGCUGCCGAAUCAUGAACUUCUCUUAGGUACUACAUGCUGCACUGGAAAAUGAUGUUAGUUUGGAACCAGACACGACAAGUGUACUAGAACACUGGAGCUGUAGUCAAGAUGUGACGAGUAAUGCUGGGGCUUUUACUGUUGUAUUUUGGAAUAUUUACUCAUAAUGCGGGCUUUUGCUACCAUAUUAUGAUAUAAAUUUGUUUAUUUUUUCAUCUUGACUACAUCAUUGUUUCUAUUAGUAUUUUGUCUUAAAGCUUGGGGGGGGGGGGGAGAUUUUAUGUCAUUGGUGUUCUUGAUUGACA